AUGGUACUUGUAAUGUGCGAAGCAUCACUUGAAUCAGAAUUUGAUGUACUUGUGUCUUCCAUUGAGGACAUUUCCAUAUCAGCUGAUGAUUCUUUAUCACUUGAAGAUUCCAUGACUGUUUCAUCCGAAUUUGCUGAAGAUACCAUCGGGUCUUCCAUUUCGCUAGAUGUCAUGUUCAUGCUGGUGUUUGUGUCACUUGGAGACAUGGUAUUCGAUGGAUUAGUAUCACUUGGGGUGGUACUAUCUGCUGGGUUCGCAGAAGGUGUUAAGUUUGAGGCAUCUGCUGGGUUCGCAGAAGGUGAUAAGCCUGAGGCAUUUGUUGGGUUCGCAGAAGUCGGUGUGGCAAUCGCUGAGUCUUCAGAAGUGGUCGUUGGUGUCCUUGACAUCAUAUUGGAAUUGCUGGAAGUGGAAUUGGUAGUAGUUUGA